UCUACAGAGAUCUGCAAGCUGACAGCCCCGGCUUUGGGAGUAGUCUGGUCCUUCCCUGGGACAACCUAACUUGGUUUCUGUGAAAUUCCUGUUUCUGCUUUUGGUGUGUACACGCCACACAUGUGUGGACCAGUCGGCUGGAUGAUACUGCUGCAGGAGCCAGCGAGCGUGUCCAACACGGCCAGGACGAGAGGCUCCCUCUGAGGACCCAGCGUGCCACCAAAUCCAGCUGGGCUCUGGCAAUUCAGGACGUAAGAAGCAAAGAGAAAAGAUGUUGCAUCUGGACCAUUCUUGGCGCUGGCCGACUGCGACCCUGGGGCUGCUGCUGGGUUUCAUGUCUUCCAUCUGCAGCAACGUUUCUGGCUCCCGGCCAAACAUGCUUCUACUGAUGGCCGACGACCUUGGCAUUGGAGAUGUCGGCUGCUACGGCAACCACACCAUCAGGACUCCCAACAUCGACCGGCUUGCAGAGGACGGAGUGAUGUUAACACAGCACAUUGCUGCGGCUUCCGUGUGUACCCCAAGCAGGGCUGCCUUCCUCACGGGCCGAUACCCUGUUCGAUCAGGUAUGGUUUCGAGCGAUGGUUCCCGAGUUCUUCAGUGGACAGCAGUGUCUGGAGGCCUUCCGACAAAUGAGUCAACUUUUGCAAAAAUAUUGCAAGACAAAGGCUAUGCCACAGGACUAAUAGGGAAGUGGCACCUGGGUCUCAACUGCGAAUCCUCCCGCGAUCACUGCCACCACCCGCUCAACCAUGGGUUCGCGCACUUCCACGGGAUGCCUUUCUCCAUGAUGGGUGACUGCGUGCUCUGGGAGGUGUCGGAGAAGCGCAGGAUCCUGGAGCGCAAACUGCAGCUCUGGGCGCAAAUCGCCACCUUGGCCGCGCUCACGCUUGCGGCCGGGAAGCUCACGCGCCUGGCGCCCCUGCCCUGGAUGCUGGUCAUCUGGUCAGCCGCGGCAGCCGCCUUGCUGUCCAGCGCCUCGCAUUUCCUGGGCACGCUGAUUGUGCACGCAGACUGCUUCCUCAUGAAGGACCACGCCGUCACCGAGCAGCCCAUGAGAUUUAGCAACACCACACCUCUUCUCCUGCAGGACGCCUGGUCCUUUCUCAGAAGAAAUAAGCACAGACCUUUCCUGCUCCUUGUCUCGUUUUUACAUGUGCACACUCCUCUGAUCACUACUGAGGAUUUCCUUGGAAAAAGUCUCCAUGGGCUGUACGGGGAUAACGUGGAGGAGAUGGACUGGAUGGUGGGACAGAUCCUUGACAUGUUGGACAAGGAAGGUUUGACCAACAAUACCCUUGUUUAUUUUACAUCGGACAAUGGGGGAUCUCUGGAGUCCCAACAUGGAAAUAACCAGUAUGGCGGAUGGAACGGGGUCUACAAGGGUGGAAAAGGCAUGGGCGGCUGGGAAGGUGGGAUCCGAGUGCCGGGGAUUGUUCGCUGGCCUGGGGUGCUGCAGGCCGGCCGGGUCAUUGAUGAGCCCACAAGCCUGAUGGACAUUUUCCCGACCCUGGUGCAGCUGGGAGCCGGCCAGGUGCCCCAGGACAGAGUGAUUGAUGGCCAGGACCUGCUGCCCCUGCUCCUGGGGACAGCCCCACGCUCCAACCACGAGUUCCUUCUGCAUUACUGUGAGACAUUUCUGCACGCAGUCCGCUGGCACGAUUGGGACCGGGGAAGAGUUUGGAAAGUCCACUACCUGACCCCGAAGUUCCAGCCCGAGGGAGCCGGUGCCUGUUAUGGGAGAGGGGUCUGCCCCUGCUUCGGGGACAAAGUAACUCAGCACAACCCACCUUUACUCUUUGAUCUCUCGAGAGACCCCUCCGAGACCCACGUCCUCACGCCGGCCACAGAGCCCUUGUUCCACCAGGUGGUGGACACUGUCCGGCAGGCUGUGGAGGUGCACCAGCGGACCCUGCGCCCUGUCUCCCUGCAGCUGGACGUGCCGCAGAACACCUGGAAACCCUGGCUCCAGCCCUGCUGUGGGCCCUUCCCAUUCUGCAGAUGCCCAUGAUGAGCAACUGUGACCAAAACUUGGGUGCCCGAGUUGCAGAUUCCUUCACCCACAUGGAAACAAACCUUCACUGUGAAAUUAAGGCAUCUAUGCAUUUGCAUAAAGCUAAAAAAACUCAUCCCAUUAAAAGAGAAAGAAUCAAGGAAAAGUAGCAAUGGCCAAUAAAUAAUAAAAUGCACCAUGGUGUGGUCGCUUGACCUAUCCGACAGGGAAAUUAGGAGCAAAGUCCUUCCUGUUUUCACUACAUUCUGUCAAAGCCAGCCUCACCUAUAGGAGACCACUCUGCAGCCCCCAGAACAGCACAAGUCCCAAAAGAAGGUUUGCAGAAAAACAGGAAUCUAAGCCCCAAAGUUAAAAAACUGGUGCUGAUAAUUCAAGGCCGUGGUUCCAAUUUAUAUUCUUAAUACCAGCAGGGAAAGAUUGUCUCCUGGCUGGAACUGUUUUCAAGCAAUUAUCCUGGGUCAGCAAAUGCCACAGGUGAUUUGAAGAAACUGAAUUUGGGAGCUGUGUUAGAGAGUAGAGUUCUCUUCCUCUCGGGGCUGGGAGGUCACUGUGUGUUAAUCUCCAGACCAGCUGAACUGCUAUGACAAAAAUGCCAUAAACUGGGUGUAAAGAAAACACAUUCAUUGCUCACACUUCUGGAGGCUGGAAGUUCAAGAUCCCGGCGUGGCAUAUGCUGUGAGUGGUGGAGAUUCACUUCCUGUUGAUAGAUGGUGCCUUCCUCACACGGUGGGGGUGAGAGAGCUCUCUGGGGCUCCUUUUAUAAGGGCACUGAGGCUUAUAAACCAAAGACAUUUAUUGCUCACAGCUCUGGAGGCUGAAGAUCCCGGCGUGGCAGAUGCUGUGAGUGAUGGAGACUCACCUCCUGGUUCAUACCCUGUUUCCCCAAAAAUAAGACAUCCUCCGAAAAUAAGACCUACUUACAGGAAAGAUAAGACGUCCCCUGAAAAUAAGACCUAGCGCGUCUUUGGGAGCACACCUUAAAAUAAGACACUGUCUUAUUUUCAGGGAAACAGGGUAGAUGGAAUGCCUUCUCCCUGUGUCCUCACAUGGGGGGAGGGAGCUCCGUGGGGGUCCCUUUAUAAGGACACUGAUCCCAUCCAUGAGGCUCCACCCUCAGGACUACAUCACCUCCCAAAGUCCCCACCUCCUAACCUCAAGGAUUACGUCAUCUACACACAAGUUGGGGAUGGGGAAUACAGAUACUAAGUCUAUAUGUAGAAAGCAGGCAGAGCUCUCACAGCCUGGGGAACACGCAGAGAAUGAACCCUCAACUGCUUCUCCUCUGUUCCUAAAACAGCCAUUUUCCUUUCUUCCUGGUCCCUCUGCCUGAAGUCACAUAGCCCUCUCUCCCUUCUUCCUCUUUGUCAUAUGCUAACAAAGUUAAAUAGUAAUCACUAAGUCACAUAGUUCUUCCUUUGUUUUGUCAACUAUGCUAUUUCCCCAUAUUGUCUAUGCUACUUCCCCCUGGACAACCCUGUACAGAGUCUAUAAAAUAAAGCUGAUUUUGUGCUUUGGGGCUGGCUGCAGCCAUCAGCUCAGUCAGUUCUCCGGGUCCCAUCCUUUGUUCCUGUGUCUUCUCUUGAGCUGGAUUUUCUUCAUUCCCCACCAAUUCCACUCUGGUUCUCCUCUUUGCUGCACUGUUUUGCGACA